AUUGACCUCUCUUCAAUGGGGUGGCUCUGUUUCUUCACCAUCAUUGCAAUCUCAUGUGUUUCCAGAGGGAAAACGGAGCAUCGUCCCACGGCACCGGACCUGGAUUUUCUGACACAACACCUCUUGGUCUCAGCCAAGGAGCCGGAGUUCUUGGGUUGGUUAAAGAGGGUCAGAAGGAGAAUCCAUGAGUACCCGGAGUUGGCUUUUCAAGAACACGAGACUGGUCGACUUAUAAUGUCCGAAUUGGACAUGCUCGGGAUCGACUACACAUGGCCUGUUGCUGAGACAGGAAUCGUGGCCUCCGUCGGAUCUGGGGUUGAGCCCUGGUUCGGUCUUCGAGCUGACAUGGACGCCCUUCCUAUCCAGGAAAUGGUGGAGUGGGAGCAUAAGAGUAAGAACAAAGGAAAGAUGCAUGCUUGUGGGCACGAUGUUCAUGUGACGAUGCUGCUAGGAGCAGCCAAGUUACUUCAGCGCAGGCGACAUGAUUUGAAGGGCACGGUUAAGCUUGUUUUUCAACCCGGGGAAGAGUCUUAUGCCGGUGCUUAUCAUAUGAUUAAAAACGGUGCAGUCGAUAAUGUCCGGGCCAUAUUCGGCUUACACAUCUCACCGAAAUUGCCCACAGGAACUGUCGGGUCCAGACCCGGCCCUCUACUUGCUGGCUCAGCCAGGUUUCAAGUUGAAAUCCAAGGGAAAUCAGGGCAUGCAGCUCAGCCUCAUACGACUAGAGAUCCGGUACUUGCUGCAUCGUUUGCUAUCCUUGCCCUCCAACAGCUAAUUUCUCGAGAGAUGAAUCCUCUCGACCCCUAUGUUGUCUCGAUAGGGUUCGUUCAAGCCGGUCAUGCCGCAAAUGUAAUCCCGGAAACAGCAACUUUUGGAGGCACAUUUCGGAGCAUGACCAAUGAAGGCUUGUCUUAUCUGCAACAGAGGAUCAAACAGGUGAUCGAGGCUCAAGCGACAGUACAUCGAUGUACCGCAACCAUAGACUUCUUUGAGGAAAAAAUGAGACCUUAUCCUGUAACCAUCAACGAUGAAUCGAUGUAUGAACACGCGAAGGUCGGGGAAUCUGUGGUUGGAAAAUCUAAUGUAGUACUGAUUCCGACGACGAUGGGAGCAGAAGAUUUCAGCUUCUAUGCAAAUCAAAUGGCGUCUGCCUUCUUCAUGAUAGGGACGAAAAACGAAACACGAAAAUCGAACUACGGACUGCACUCACCGUACUUGAUUAUUGACGAAGAUGUUCUUCCCAUUGGAGCAGCCUUCCAUGCUGCAGUAGCCAUAUCUUACUUGGAUAAUCAUGGUGUCUUUAAAGCUCAAUAAGUUACUAUUGUUAGGACGAAGACUCAUAGAAGUGUAAACGACGGACCAAAAUGAACAAUAAAUCUCGAACAUUAAUUAUAAAAUAAAGGGUUAACUA